AUGCGACUCGCUGACGUAACUUCCGCGAUCGCCGUAAAACUCUUGUACAGCGCGAUAAAAAUCGUUGGUCCGGCAAAAUUCAAAAUGAGCGAUUUGAUACACGUGAAUAAGUACAAGACGAUUUUUGAGAAGGAUUAUACACCAAAUUGGAUCACCGAGGUGUUUACGAUCGUUAAAGUGCAGCGUACCAAUCCCGUAACCUAUCUAUUCGAGAACUAUCACAAAAAAUCCGUCGCUGAAGCGUUCUACGAGCGCGAAUUGCAUCGCGCUCAUCCGGACGUGUAUCUCGUGGAGAAAGUACUGCGCAAGAAGGACGACAAAAUGUACGUCAAGUGA